GGCUGCAGCCCCCUUCAGUGUCAGCGAGCAGCAAGGGGAAGUUCCGCCUCCCGUCUUUAUCCAAGGAGCUCCCAGAGACACCCAUCGUCAGCAUGCAGCUGGUGGCGAGGCUCACAGCGGCGCUGCUGUUGAUCUGGAGCAUCAGAGCAUCUGCGCUGCCCAGAGAGGACAAGUUCUCAGGACUGAGCAGCCUGGAGCAAACCAAAGCCCGGAAAGGCCUCGUCCUGAAAAUGCUGGCAGAUCUCCUGGACGGGGUGGACAUGGGCCACGACGCCACGGCAUCCUCCGAAUCGGACGAUUCGAUGGAGAGCAGGCUGGAGGAAGAGCACUCCGUGCUGGGACGGCUGUCCCAGAUCACUCAGCGAGACCGGAAAGCCCCCUGUAGGAAUUUCUUCUGGAAAACCUUCAGUGCUUGCUAAUGCCACCCCGCUUCCCGCCCCGGCUUCUAAGGCCUCGGAUCCGGGCCCUCUGACUCGCCUCCUGCUGCUGUGUCGGGUUGUCAACUGGUGGCCAGACACCAACCAGGCCUCUCCCGGCCCCUUGAGCAGAGGCUGAUGUGCAGAAAUCGCCAGCUGGUGCUUUCCAUGGUCUGGAGAGCCGGGGAAGGGCGGCUUGCUGGUUUCUGCAGACCAGCCGGCUGUACAAGGGACAGACAAGAGAGCCAGCCCAGGCCAAAAGCUGGCCGCGACCCCUCUCCCCCCCGCCCCCCGUGCCACCCCUGCUCUCGUUAGAGUAUGACAAACUCCUCCGACCUGCCAUUGUAAAGUAGCAUCUGCCCGUCUGUGGUUUCUUUUUCUUGUGGAGUGAUUCCUACUUUGGUCUGGUGAGGGUCCCAUUCACAAAUAAAAGCAUGGUCCUGAGGCGCCUUGGAAAUGCC